UGUCAAUUUCUCAUCCCACUUCUCUAUCUACCCACUAGUAUUACAAGUGUAACAUCGACAUGUCCGGCAACAUCAACACCCCCAAGAUUGUGCUUGGAACAAUGACCUUUGGUCUCGAGGGAACAAACGAGACUACCAGCACUGUCCGAGUCCGUGGCGUCGAGAAUAUCAGGCUUUUUCUGGACAGCUUCCACGCUCACGGACAUGUUGAAGUCGACACUGCUAGACUAUACUGCAAUGGCGAUACCGAGACCGCUUUGGGGCAGCUUCAACUGGACUCAUUCAAAGUCGCGACGAAAGUUUGGCCAACUGCGCCUAAGGCCCAUGGGUCGGAGCUUCUCAAGAAGACAUUUAGAGAAUCUUUGGCGGCUCUAAAUGCCAAGAAGGUCGAUAUUUUUUACCUACAUGCCCCUGACUACACCACUCCAUUUGAAGAAACUAUCAAGGCUGUGGACGAGCUCUACAGGGAGGGUCUCUUCGAGAGGUUUGGAUUGUCCAACUACGCAGCGUGGCAAGUAACAUUUAUCCACCAACUUUGCAAGCAGCACGGCUAUGUCCUUCCAACGGUCUAUCAGGGAAUGUACAAUGUGAUCACAAGAGAUGUUGUUCGCGAGCUUCUUCCAUGCUUGAAGGCACUUGGCAUCGCCUUUUACGCCUACAACCCUAUUGCUGGUGGUCUUCUCUCAGGAAGAUACAACUUUGAGAAGGAAACUGACGGUGGCCGCUUUGACCUCAAGACUGGAUUUGGACAGAUCUAUCGUGAGCGUUACUGGAAUCAGCUUUUCUUUGAGGCGGUCAAGAGCAUGGAGAAGAUCACAAAGGAGCACAACUUGACACUGAUUGAGUCCGCUCUCCGUUGGAUGACACAUCAUUCUGGUUUGGGCCCCAACGACGCCAUCAUUAUUGGCGCCUCUUCGAUGAGCCAUCUCGAGGAUAACCUUAAGGAUUUGAAGAAGGGGCCUCUGCCAAAGGAGGUGCUCGAUGCCUUUGACGAGGCCUGGGAACACGUCAAGGUCGCAUGCCCAUCGUACUUCAAGACCCCUGCUUCAGUUUCUUCCACUGCUUAUCUGAAGUGAGAGGUGGAAACCAAAGGAGCGCGUACGUAGCUCACUCUAUGAACAUCAAAAUGUGCUCAUGAAUAAACUCUAUCACCACGUUUACGCGUUGUAUUGCUUGCUUUACAGAAUAUUAGAAGCAAAUGAAUUGUGCAUCCUUUGUCUAGAGAACGGAGGCGCAUUCAACUGUUUCAAAACGCGUGAUGCCAAUAUAAUUGU